GCCUACGAGGAGUUCAGGAACAUUGUGCUGGCAUCACACCUGAAGCCCCUCGAGAAAAAGGACAAGAUGGAUAAGAGGAGGAACGUGCUGUGGAAUCCCUGUGCAGCCCACGCCAAGACCCCGCAAGCCAGCGACAUGGAAAUACCCCAGGAACUGGAUCAACUGCCCGGAACCUCUGCCGAAUUUUACAGAGACUGGCGCAGAUGCUUAAAGAGCGGAAAAGAAAAAUACCAGUUUUUGCUUGAACUCGGAGGGAAGGCCUUGGGCAGAAUCUUUCAGGCUGACUUGGGCUUUGGCCUCCUGGGUGAAUUCCUUACAGUGCUGGCAGAGAAUGUCUGUCACGAAGACAGAGAUGCUGUUCUUCAGAUCUUACAGAGCCUUUCGGGCACCAAGCGCUUCGGGUUAAACGUGGAUCUUCUGAGUGAGUUGGAGAAGGAGAGCGGCAGUGAUUUGUUUAGGAAGCUGCAGAGCAUGAGUCCCAACAGGGACUGUUGGACCUCUGGCCAUCCCAGCGGCCCAGACAGGUCCGAAGCAGGGAGGGAAGCCCACCUCAUGGACACCAGUUUGCAAAAGGAAGCUGAGGAAAGGAUGGUGAUAGAGCUGAUGAAAUGUUACCAGGUCAACUGA